AUGGCAGAUAGAAUUACUGCAGUUGAGGAACGCUUGGGACGUGUGGAAACCAGUAUUGAGGAAUUGCGUACUUUCCUUGCUGCGGAAAUUCAACGAGCGAUAGCGAAUCGUGGAUCACCUCAAACAAGCGGUGAAACGGUUACCUCACCGUUGGAUGAGUUUCGUUUGUCCGUAAAGAAGGUGGAGCUGCCAGUGUUUACCGGCGACGAUCCGGUGGCAUGGAUCACUCGUGCUGAGACAUACUUUGAAGUACAACGAAUCUCUCGGGAUGUUCGUAUUCAGUUGACAAAGUUGAGCAUGGAAGGCCCAACUAUCCAUUGGUUUAACCUAUGGCAUGAUUCAACAGAGGAAUUGUCAUGGGAGAACCUCUGUGAAGCAAUGAUGGCGAGAUUUGGAGGAGGUCGUUUCGAGAACCCGUUCGAAGAACUCAAGGAUUUGAAGCAAUCUGAGACGGUGGAGGAUUACAUCGCCGAAUUUGAAUUGUGUUCCUCUCAGUGUGAAAGGUUACCAGAACAACAAUUUCUGGGCUAUUUUAUUGGUGGUUUACGUCACGAUAUCCGUUCUCGAGUCAUGGAUCUGGUUCACAUUACAAAUCGUGUCAUGGCUCUUGGACAAAAUCUCAAAAACCUAAUUGGGCUUUUCGCGAAGGGGAAGGAAAAAGGUUCUGCAAUUCAGACCCAGACUAAUAACUAUUUGGGAAAAACGCGUACUGGUUCGGGUUCUGGAUCUCAAACCGAGUCAACACGACCUACUAAUUCUACAACAUCUUCUCGCCCAAAUUUAGGGGGCAAUUUGCGCCGUCAUUCUCGUGGUGUUCUCCAUCUACCAAGUGCAGAAGUUAAUGAACGUCGUGCAAAAGGACUCUGUUUUCGCUGCAACGAACAAUGGGAUCCUCUCCAUCAAUGUGCAACAAAACAGUUACGAUUGAUUAUCUUGGGAGAUGAUGAAAUUGUGAACGAUGAAGGAGAGAUUGUCGUGUUAGAGGCUGACUCAGAAGAAGAGCUCACACAAGAGGAAUUAGAAUGUAAAAUCAUGGGACUGUUUGGUGUAUCCACUAAUCCAAAUCAAGCCCAGACGAUGAAAUUGGAGGGAUGUUUACAAGGUGCAUCUAUUUUGGUUCUUAUUGACAGUGGAGCCACGCAUAAUUUCAUAUCCCCUAAGGUGGUAGAAACCCUCGGAUUGCCUAUGGUGCCUUCUAAUCCCUUGGGUGUUAAGUUAGGAGAUGGUCAUCGUGUCUUAACUAGGGGUAGAUGCAAGGGAAUUCAGUUGAACGUGGGAGCAGUGCAGAUUUGUUUUGAUGCUUAUGUGCUGGAGUUAGGAGGUGUGGAUUUGAUUUUGGGAGUUGUGUGGCUGGAAACUUUGGGAAAGAUGACCAUGGAUUGGAAAGAAAUGUCUAUGGUGUUCAACUAUAAGGGCAGUAUGGUGAAAUUACUUGGUCAGGCUGUAGAUGAUAAGAUGGCUGCAUUCCAAAGCAUUGUCACUCCUUCUCGAAUGAUAGCAGGCUGUGAAUGGCCUACCUUGAUGGAGGUGCUAGGAUCACCGGUGUCGCGAGUCUGUGAUCAUCAAAUUAAGGAGUUGGGAGGAUUAUUGGAUCGUUUUGUUAUUGUGUUUAAAGAAAUUCAGGGUCUUCCUCUGCCAAGAAACACUUGCCAUUCAAUUGAACUUUUACAGGGUGCUGGUCCGAUAAGUGUGCGGCCUUAUUAA